AUGCAAAGUUCAAGAAAGAGAAUUCAACAUGAUGAAUUAUACUGUCCUAUACAUUCAUCAGUAGUACUAUGGGCUCCUGAUUUAAGAUUGGAAGAUAUUCCUUCAAGUAUGUUAAUUUCUCCUGAUCGUAUUCAUCUGUUGAAAUUUCUUGGACGUGGAGCUUUUGGUUCUGUAUUCACGGGUUGUUUGACAAAGAAGAGGAACAAUAUUCCUCCUAGUAAUACCCAACAUGUUGUACAUAAACAAAAAUUGCAACGACAACAGCAGCAACUGUUCAGUGACAGCGAAUCAUCAGCUACAGAAAAUGAAGACGUCGAUGAUGAUGAUGAUAACCAACCUGAUAAUAAUGAUCAUAGCCAUAAACUGGCUGUGAAAAUCUGUUCACCAGUUCAUCCAAAUUUAGAUAAUCCAACACAUUGCCCUACAAUCAAUGAUGAUAUUAUGGCAAAAUCCUGUCAACACUCUUCUAAUUCAAAUCUUCGUGAUGCAUAUGCUUUAUAUCGUCAAGAGCAUCGUAGAUGGUUACAUCAUCCAAUUGAAGCAGCAUUAACCGCUUAUCAGGAAAUUCGAUCUGAAUUAAAUAUCCUUUUACCAAUCACACGGAAUUGUUUCAAUUGCUUAUAUCGAAUGAAAUUCAAUAGGCAUAAUCCAACCUCUCCACAUUAUAACUCUAAUUCUAUGAGUAAAUUAUUCAUUUGGGGUGGUGGUGGCGGCGCUGUUAGUUUACAAGAAAGGCGAUUGAUGCAUGGUUGUUUUAGUAAAUGUUUACAGAAAAAUGAAUCAUUAUAUACCAAUACUACUAACAAUGAUAAUAGUAGUAUCAUCAGUUGUAAUGAUGACAAACAUCAUAAUAAUAAUAGAUUUAUUGCCAAUAUUCAUGUAUCUCAACAAAAUACAAACCUGCUUAUUUGCUGUGGAAUCCUUUACCCUAAUCCAAUUGGAUUUUUAAUGCCUCUGGCGCCAUUGGGUAAUCUAUCAGAUUACUUCACGACAUUGUUAGCAUCAUCAUCAACGUCAUCGGGUAAAGAGGUGUUGAAUGAGGUAUUUCUCAGUCAUCCGCUGCAUCCGCUAACAAUGAUGUUUAUAAUCAAUCAGUUAGCCAAAGCACUUGCUCAUCUGCAUUCUUUAUGUAUUAUCCAUCGUGAUGUGAAAUCAGAGAAUGUACUGAUUUGGUUAAUGCCAGCUUCAGUGAUGACGACGACAACGACGUCAUCUCAUCAUCAACGACGUCGCCGCUGGCAAAUGACUCCAAUAAUCCAUCAAAUGUGCAUAUUGUAUUAA